UGCAUCAAAUUGUUUUAUUUUUAUUUAUCAUAUAGCUUAUGAAGUAAUUUUCUCUGUAAGUGCCGACGUAACGUAAAGUGCGAGAUAGGAUUUCAUUUCAUCUUUUUUUAUCAAUUACAUGAACCUUUUUAUGUGAGGAGAGCUGCUCUUUUAUGAUACUUUUGAACAAUGUCAGGAAAGAGAGAACUCGAAUGUACAUCAGGCGACUCAAAUAGUGAAGACUGUAUCGGGCCUUUACUGUCGGAAGCUGCACCAGUAAAAAAGAAAAAAACAUUAGAAUUUGAGCAUAUGUACAUAAAAAAUAUUCCUGAUAAAGAGUCUUAUGAAAAGAGUUACAUGCAUCGUGAUGUUGUCACACAUAUUGCUGUGACUAAAACUGAUUUUUUGAUCACUGCGAGUUGUGACGGCCAUUUAAAAUUUUGGAAGAAGACUGAGGAAGGAAUUGUGUUUGUAAAGCAUUUUCGAGCUCAUUUAGGUAAUAUUCAGUCGAUCAGUGUGAAUUCAUCCGGUACUUUGUUAUGCUCUGUAUCCAAUGAUAAAUCCUUAAAAGUGUUUGAUGUUAUUAAUUUUGACAUGAUUAAUAUGAUGAAGUUAAAUUAUUGCCCAGGUUAUUGUGAAUGGAUUCAUGGUGCAGGGGAUGCUAUUGCAGCUCUUGCUGUUUCUGCUCAUGGUUCAAGAGAAAUUUAUAUUUAUGAUGGGAAAGAAGUGAAUGAACCAUUGCAUAUUAUUGAAAAACUGCAUUUAACAGCUAUAUCAAUUAUUAAAUACAAUCCAGUAUAUAGAGCUGUAAUUUCGUGUGAUAGAAAUGGAUUGAUUGAAUAUUGGUCAACUAUAAAGCAAGACUUUACAUUUCCUAAAUGUUUAAAAUUUGACUCAAAGUUGGACACUGAUCUUUACGAACUCGUAAAACAUAAAACCUAUCCCACCGAUCUUGCCUUUUCACCAAAAGGAGAUCAGUUUGCAGUUUUGAGUGUGGACAGAAAAGUUAGAAUAUUUCGCUUUUUGACUGGAAAAAUGACUCGCGUGUAUGAUGAGAGUUUACAACAAUUAUCGGAACUUCAGCAAACUUGUCCGCAACUUCCUAACAUGGAAUUUGGACGCAGGAUGGCUAUUGAAAGGGAUUUAGAGAAAUCAGAAGCAUUUGAUACAGCAGGUAUUGUGUUUGAUGAAAGUGGUUAUUUUAUUUUGUAUGCAACUAUGUUAGGAAUUAAAGCAGUGAAUGUUUAUACAAAUCGUUGUGUCAGAGUAAUAGGAAAAAACGAAAAUAUUAGACCUUUGAAAUUAGCUUUGUAUCAAGGUAUUCCAAAUAAAUCUAAGGCUGCCGUAACUGUGGAAAUGAAGGCUUCUGAUAAUCCUGCAUUGGAAGGCAUAUCCAGUGAUCCUACUCUUUUCUGCACAGCAUUUAAAAAGAAUCGUUUUUAUUUAUUUACAUGUAGAGAGCCAGAGGAUACAAAGAGUAUUGAUGCGGAAAGAGAUAUUUUCAAUGAAAAACCAUCAAAAGAAGAUAUCAUUGCUGCUACUGAAUCUCUCAGUCAACAACAGCUGUAUCAUAAUUGUGUCAUCCAUACUACAAUGGGCGACAUCCAUUGCAAAUUAUUUCCUAAAGAAUGUCCUAAAACAGUAGAAAAUUUCUGUGUUCAUAGUAAAAAUAAUUACUAUAAUGGACAUAUAUUUCAUAGAGUUAUCAAAGGUUUCAUGAUCCAGACUGGUGAUCCAACUGGUACCGGAACAUCUGGAGAAUCAAUUUGGGGUGGAGAUUUCGAAGAUGAAUUUCAUCCUACACUCAAACAUGAUCGCCCAUACACUCUGAGUAUGGCCAAUUCUGGCCCAAAUACAAAUGGAUCACAAUUUUUUAUUACAGUUAUACCAACUCCAUGGUUAGAUAAUAAACAUACUGUAUUUGGACGAGUCACUAAAGGUAUGGAAGUAUGUCAGAAUAUCAGCACGGUGAAAACAAAUCCUAAAACAGAUAAACCAUAUGAUGAUGUUCGUAUCAUUAAUAUAACUUUGAAAUAAUAAAUUCUGUAUUAUUUUCUUACCAAGAGUA